AUGCAGUCCACACAGCCCAACGGACGACCGGGAGAUGGAGAAGGAGAUAUAGAGAGCAUGUUCAAAGAAAUACUAGGUGGAUUUGGGGAGUCUAAUCUGACUCUGAAUGACCCGAGGCAGGCGAAUGCCGGGCAGGAACAUCGCCGAGGUCACUACGCAGAGGAUAGUAUUGUCUCACUGAUCAGCUCCUAUGAGGGCGGAGAGGAUGACUACGAGCCUCAACCUCCGCGUCACCAAGGUCCAGCCAAUGCCUACAUGUCCCAGCGUGGUCCUACACGGGAUAGAUUGAGGCCGUUGCCUCAACCUCCUGGCGCAUCGAUAUCGCCAAAGCCAGCAGCCUUCACUGCCCCGGCCCCACUUCCCUCAUUGCCAGGUGCUAUAUCCAUGCCUUCACCAGAGCCGUUUCAGCAUCCCGGUCCUCCACCAGGUCCACCAGGCCCAGCAAGUGCUUACCUCGGCAGUUCCUAUAUCCAGCCCGGUCCCCCGAAAACUCUGCUCAACACACACGUACGCCGACAACUUCCCUCCCAGCCUGAUCCCUAUGGCCCUACCUCCAAUCCUACUAUUUCAACCCCCAAUGACCCCGUUCGACGCGCAACUAGGCGCCCGACCACCGCCGGUUCUGAUACUGCCGCCAGCCCUGCAUCAGCUGUGCCCAGAUCACCGCGUCUUUCGCAGCCUAACCCAUCCCCCUAUGGAAUCCCCACAGUUCAGGUUGGUGCCCCAGACGACUACCAGCCCAGUUUUCCCUCUGGCCCUCCGCCCGGAGCUAUGUUGCCUUCUAUUCCUGGCGCAGCCAGCACCCCCAACCUCAACUCUCCUGGGCCCAUGUACCGUUCCUCGUCACCCCAGCAGUUUGACGCAUACGGCGGUGCGCCGUACAUCCCCCCAAAUACCAACAGCUCCUAUGCCGGUGUUAGCCACCCGCCUCGCACCACCUCCCGCACGCACACCAACGAAAUGUAUCAAUCUCCUGUUUCUGCCCUUUCCCCUAGUCUAGGAGCCAACCUUGGACGAUCUGGUUCCGCUUCCUCCUCCAUGCUCUCCGGAGCACCCAUUGACCGUAACAAUUCCAAGUCGUCUAAUUGGUCUGCAAACUCGAGUCUCCUGCCUAGGAAUAAUUACCCCCCGUCCACGGUCUCUUAUGAUACAACGACGGGCAACGAUGCGGUUGGAUAUUUAGAUCUGCCUUCUGCCAGUUCCCCCGUGGCCGACAUGAGUUAUCGCGGUGACCAACAAUAUCUUGAGGAUCGUAUUGCCACGGCCAAGGGUCGCUUGGAAUUACAUCAUGAUGAAGACGACCCGGAUGAUUACGACUAUAGCGAUGAGGACGAGACUCUUUUCGUUAAUUUGGCCCUUUUGUCACAUCUGGCCGUGAAAUUGCGAGACAAGGUACCCAGAGGUACACAUGUAAAAGGAAGUAUCCCAUACACACACGCUUUCACGGGCAAGGAUAUCGUUUCUACUAUUCAAUCUACAAUCCAACGACAACUUGCCAUCACGUUCGACCUCAGUACCAACGAUCGUCGCACAGCUCUCCAGGUGGCAAGAAGUCUACAAAAUCAGCUCUUCUUUUACGAAGUCGAGUGGGGUGGCCAAGCCCUCAACGACGGAGUUGAAGACGUCUACAUGUUCCUCGAUGAUCAAGGCGGAGCCUCUGACCAACGAUUCGAGCGAGAAGAACUUCCCACAGGCGUAAUCACCCUACUCACAUCUUGCUACUCCCCGAGUUGUUCGUUGGGGCUACCCGGUAAAUGUUACGCUUAUGGCUGUCCAAGAGGAUACCAGGCCGGUGCAGCGCUCGGUCGGCAGCUCAGCGCCCAAGAGAGCAGGCCCUCUGAAAAAGAGACAACCGUCGAGUGGGUGGAUUCGGUUGACCCGGAGGUUGUGCGAAAUCUGCCAGAAAGCGAGAGAAGACGGCAAGAGGUCAUAUGGCAAGUCGUUAAAAAGGAGGAGCAGUAUGUACAAGAUCUGGAUACCAUCGUCGAGAUCUUUAUCCGCCCAUUGCGCGAAGCUCGUUCUUCUAUUGUUCAAGGAGACGUGAAUCAAUUCAUCGACACAGUAUUCGGGAACAUUCUCGAUAUCCGCGAAUGCAAUCGUCGCUUGCUCGAAGUCAUGCGAAUGUAUUUUGCUGCCGCCGAGUUCCGCAUCGUCUAUCCGCUAUACAUCGGUCAACUCCCUAUUGCGGAAAAAAUGGUCAAGGAUGAGAGCGAAUCCAAUGCAGAUUUUAGAAGCUUUUUAGAGCAUUGCUCGCGUGAUCCUCGAGCACGUCGUUUGGACCUGAAGCAUUUUAUGCACCGUCCUCAAGAGCAUCUUACGAAAUAUACCACCAUCCUCGAAACGAUUCUUCACGAUACCGAGAAGGAAAAUGCUGAUGCGGAGUACCUUGCCGAAGCCAUGGCGUCCAUUCAAAAUCUUCAUUCGGUCGCACAGCUGCGGACGUUCCAGAGUGCAAUGUGUCGUGGAAAUAGCGCUAAGCUUGAGUGGCACAAUCUGGUUAGCGCAGAAGUACGCGAUGGGAUGUCUAAGCAGGAGAUCAAAAGACAAUCGGUUAUUUUUGAGUUGAUCAAGGGAGAAAUGGAAUACGUCAAGGAUCUAGAGCUACUCAACACUCUCUUCAUUCAACCUCUCCUGCACGAGAACCCUCCCCCAAUUCCCCGAGAGGGCCUUGAACGCUUUAUCUCCGAGGUUUUCGCUAACUUUGCAGACGUUCAUUUGCAUCACAGGCGAAUGCUCGACACGCUCCACGAAAUCCAGCGCGAAGAGCAUCCCAUUAUUCGGUCUAUAUCUGCACCAAUAUUCGAUGCUGCACUCAAUUGGAGAGACGCGUAUAUGAUCUAUAUCCCACAUUACCCUAUAGCGGAGUACUUGGUAGACUCACAAAAGGCGGAGAAUAAGGAAUUUAGGGCGUUUGUCGAACGACAAAUCCGAGCUCCUGAUGCCCGUCGACUCGAGCUCAAGGCAUUUAUUCAUCGACCGGUAGCUCGUCUGCCUCGUUACGAACUCUUGUUGCGCGACAUCAUGGCUGCCUCACCUAUGGACCACGAGGAUCGAGAGUCAAUCCCCCAGAUCAUUGAGAUUAUCACCUGGGAAUCGAUUGAUUUGGAUCUACGCAAUGAAUCACGGCAGCUUUACCACUUUGGGAAGCUGUAUCGGCAGCCUGAAGGUGGCCUAGACUUCUCAAGAUGGUCAGAGGUUUUCGUGCUAGUGUUUGACAACUACUUGGUCAUCACAAAACCAAGGUCCAAAGAUGGGGUGACAAAGUACUUGGUCAAUCGCAGGCCCAUUCCUAUCGACCUGAUGAGUCUGGUCGGCUUCAACGACCCUGCUCAGCAGCGCCCCACUCGUCUAUUCAGUAUCGGAACGAAGCACGACGCGCCCCCUGCAGGACCGGGUGGAUCUGGAGACGCCCAAGAUUCACGCUCCAUAUAUCCUUUUGGUAUUCAUUACUCGGGCCGUGCAGGAGGCAUCUCUCAGUUUUUCAUUGACUCACAAGCUGCCCGUGAGGAAUGGAGACAGAAACUGGAAGAGGCGAUUGAAAUGCGCAAGGUCGUACAGGAUUCUAAUAAGGUCUUCGAGCUGGAGACUCUCAGCGACGAAACGUUUGCUCAGCCCAAGGGGUACGCUUCCAACUCGAGCUGGAAUGACGAAUCUUCCUUUGCUGGCGGGAAGGUUACUUGCACAGUGCCAUUCUCUACCGCUGACGGACGUGGGCUGGUUGCAAUCGGAUGUGCAGAAGGCGUAUGGAUCGGGCUAAGGCACGACCCCAAAUCGAUACGCCGAGUAUUGCACCUCAAGGCAGUUACCCAGUGUGCCAUGCUGGAAGAUUUCGGCAUUUUCCUUGUAUUGGCUGACAAAGCGUUCUUUGCUUACCACAUUGAGGCACUCGUUCCAACGGCUGGCACGGCCCAGAUGAAUAGUGCACAGAACAGGACCCCCCAACGAUUGAGCGGCAACAAAGAUGUCCAGUUCUUUAGCGUCGGACAACUGGCCGGCAGGACAUUGGUUGUAUAUAUGAAAAAGAAAGGAAUGGAGAGUGUCUUCCGUGUGUUGGAACCAAUCAUCCACAAAAUCAAUGAACCUACUCGUGCGGGGGGUGCCUUCAGUCGAUUUGGUUUUGGUCAGCAACGAUCAGAAUGGUUUCGGAUCUACAGGGAUUUCUUCCUCCCAUCUGAAGCAUUUGACCUCGUAUUUCUCAAGGCCAAGGUGGCGAUCUUGUGUACCAAGGGAUUCGAGAUUAUGGAUUUGGCCGACUUCAAGAGCGUUACGAUUCCUCAACGAGAUGACGCUCGGUUUGCCAAUGUUGCAAGACGAUGCGAUUCCUGUCGACCAUUGGGGAUGUUUAGGUCAAGCGAGAACGAGUUCCUGUUGUGUUAUGACGAAUUUGGUAUCUACGUGAAUCGUCACGGCGACCCCACCCGUAAUGUCGGCACUACUAUCGAGUGGGAGGGACGCGCGGAACGAGUUGCGUUCCAUCCGCCAUUUGUGGUUCUUUUCGACAGUCGCUUCAUUGAGAUCCGACAUAUCGAAAAAGGCAAUUUAUUGCAAAUCAUCAAGGGCGAAGAUGUCCGUUGCGUUUGGGAUGGGCGAGGCGCCAAGGUCCAUCCGACUGCGACUCCCGGUCCUGAGGGAUGGAGCGAUGGUACUGGGUCCCAGGAGAGCACAAUCCACGUUGUCAUGAACUCCAGCGACUCAGGGUCCAGUGGCCAACGGGGCAAGACACAGUAUCAACAUAUUUCAGAACUUGUUCCCACUGUACCGCUGUUCUUGCCCGGUCCGCUAGCUAGUCCAUCAGCCUCUACCUACUUCCCUAGGCCGGGUUCCCCAUCUCUAUCUUCGCCGCGCACAUCGGUCACAGGAACCACUUUCACUUCGAGCUUGAGACUAGAUACAUUCAUGGCGGCAACCAAAGAAAACCCAAUCGUGUUCUAUGACGUUGCUGAUGCACAAGGUGAAUCAUGGUCUUCCAAUACCUAUAAAACCCGACUUACUUUAAAUUACAAGGGGAUACCUUAUCGUGUCAAAUACAUUUCUCUAUGCGACAUCGAGCCGACCCUUAAAGAGCUAGGUGUCCCCGUCGUAUUCCCUACAUUCCCCCACUACACGUUGCCCAUGAUUGCCGAUCCCUCCAGCGAUCCAGACGGCGAGCCCACUUACAUUGCUGAUUCUUUUAAGAUCGCACUCUAUCUUGAUGACAAGUAUUCGUCUCCUCAAUACCCGCUAAUACUUCCUCCGGGAACCCGUGCAAUCGAGCACAUGUGGUUCACAACCUAUUAUCCACCUCUGAGUGCUUUGGUUAUCAAGCUAUUCUAUUAUAAGGGACCGCGUUUGCUUGAUGAAAGGAGCGCAGAGUAUUGGCACCGAACUCGCGGGGACAAGUACAAGCCUCUCUCUGAAGAGGAAGAGACACAGUAUUGGGGAGAAUUACGCGAAAAAUUCGGGACAUUAGCAAAGUCAAUCAGUCUCAAUGACGGGACCAGUGAAGCCGGGCCGUUUAUAUUGGGCAAAACCCUUUCUUUUAUCGAUUUUACUAUUGGAGGUUUCUUUUACUUCAUCCAAAGGGUCGUAGGAAAGGAAUCCAAGCAACUGAAGGAGAUGAUGGAAUGGCAGGAUGGGGGAUGGAGCGUGUUUUGGAAGGCGAUUCAGGAUGUCGAAAACAAGUCAUCGCAACUUCCGUGA